UUGACGUCUAUGGAGGGUUAUGAAAAAUGGCGGCGCUCAGUACUGAGUUUGGCGAUUUGGUGCAAAUUAAAAAGCAGCUAAUUUCUAUAAUAUCACAAUGUAGAGAGAGGGGGCUCGUGCAUAGUAUGAAAUGGGCUUCAGAGCUGGUCUUUGCUUUGGACCCUCUCCCAGUAAACGAACACCCACCACCCCCUGAACUUACCGAGGACGACGCGCAGGAUUUCGACGCUCUCUGUCUGGCAAAAUCAUAUUUUGAUCUGAAAGAGUAUGACCGCGCUGCGUAUUUCCUUCGGGGCUGCCGCAGUAAAAAAGCAUACUUCCUGUACAUGUAUUCCCGCUACCUGUCUGGAGAGAAGAAGAAGGAUGACGAGACUGUGGACAGCCUUGGGCCCCUGGAGAAGGGUCAGGUGCGGAAUGAGGCUCUCAGGGAGCUGAGAGUGGAACUGAGCAAGAAGCACAGUGCUGGUGAGCUGGAUGGAUUUGCCUUAUACCUUUAUGGGGUGGUGCUACGCAAGCUGGAUCUGCUGAAGGAAGCGGUGGAUAUCUUUGUGGCGGCUACACACGCCCUGCCUUUACACUGGGGCGCCUGGCUGGAGCUCUGCAAUCUGGUCACCAACAUUGAGAUGCUGAAGUCCUUGUCUUUACCUGACUGCUGGGUGCGUGACUUCUUCCUGGCUCACAUGUACACAGAGCUGCAGAUGAUCACCGAGGCCCUGCAGAAAUACCAGAGUCUCAUCGAGGCUGGCUUCUCCAAGAGCACCUACAUCAUCUCACAGAUUGCAGUCGCCUACCACAACAUCAGAGAUAUCGAUCAGGCUCUAGCUCUGUUCAAUGAGCUUCGGGAGCAGGACCCGUUCCGUAUCGAGAACAUGGACACCUUCUCCAACCUGCUCUAUGUCAGGAGUAUGAAGCCAGAGCUCAGCUAUUUGGCCCACAAUCUGGUGGAGAUUGACAAGUACAGGGUGGAGACUUGCUGUGUGAUCGGUAACUACUACAGCUUGCGCUCCCAGCAUGAGAAGGCCGCCCUGUACUUCCAGCGCGCGCUCAAGCUGAACCCACGCUGCCUCGGCGCCUGGACCCUUAUGGGCCACGAGUACAUGGAGAUGAAGAACACCUCCGCCGCCAUUCAGGCCUACAGACAUGCAAUAGAGGUUAAUAAGCGAGACUAUCGAGCCUGGUACGGACUUGGUCAGACCUACGAGAUCCUCAAGAUGCCUUUCUACUCCCUUUACUACUACCGCAAAGCCCACCACCUCAGACCGAAUGAUUCCCGUAUGCUGGUUGCCCUUGGUGAAUGUUACGAGAAACUCAACCAACAUGUUGAAGCCAAGAAGUGUUACUGGAGGGCGUACUCAGUGGGAGAUGUGGAACGGAUGGCUCUACUCAAACUGGCCAAACUGCACGAACAGCUUCAUGAAUCGGACGACGCAGCACAAUACUAUAUCAUCUAUAUACAAGACAUUUUCUCCUGUGGGGAACAACUGGAGCAUGCUGAGGUGAGCACAGCUCUCCGGUAUCUCGGCCAGUACUACUUCAAGAACCGGAUGUAUGAUGAGGCCUCAUUCUGUGCACAGCGCUGCUGUGACUACAAUGAUGCUCGUGAGGAGGGGAAGGCUCUGCUGCGGCAGAUAGCGGCGGUGCGGGAGCAAGGAGAGACGUCUCCUCCCGAGAUGUCCUUGCCUGGUGUCUUCACCCCGCUGUCCAACAACGCCACACCCAUCAGGAGAGUGUCCCCACUGGACCUGUCUUCGGUUACACCCUAACACACACACAACCAUGCUGUCCAACAACGCUACACCCAUAAGGAAUGUAUCCCCGCUGGACCGGUCUUGUCACUCAAGUGUGGACAGACAACAGACAUAUUGGGAUUGUCCUUACCAGACCUGCACACACAGGUUUAUAUGGACUCUCCCUGUUAGACCUACACACACACACACACACACACAUCCACCAAUCCCAAGAAGUCAACCUUUCAACACUGGACUCGUCUCCCAUCAUGGCAUGGCUUGUGUCCAUCAAACAGGUGUGAAUACACACCACACGCUGUGGUCCUUUCCUCCUCAUACCCACAAUCCCCUUCUGCAGACUCUGUUGUUUAUUAAUUAUUAAUGUUUUAUAUUACUCUCCAUUUCUAUAACAGACACCACUUUGUAAAUAUUUACGGAUUUCUGAGGGAAUGGCUUGCUUGAUCCACUGUCAAAAUUAAACUUUUUUUUUU